AACUCGUGUGGCCUCCCAGUUGUUUUGAUUUCGCUGUUACAUAUUAUUUAUAAUUAAUUAUUAUGCAGUUUUCCCUGAACUACACAACGAGGAGCCUGGUUCCCCGGCUGCACCGCUUCACCAGCAAGAUUGCCGUGGACGUGGAGCCGACUGUGAUCUCUGGCCUGGAGCAGGCCACCCUGAAACCCAGGAAACAUCCCGGCGUAGUGAGGCCCAAUCAUGUGGAGCUGCCCAAGCAGCUAAAUGACACCCUGAAGCGCAUCGUGGGCGAUCAUCCCGUUAAGAAACUAAUCCACGAUGGCCAGCAGCUCAACGCCUACAUCAAAUCCCGCCAUCCGCCGCCUACGCAAGAGGAGAUCGAGAACAAGAAACGGAUCAUCAUAGAGGAAGUGAACUCCAAGAUGUCCCUGGAUCGCCUGGUUACUCUAAACGAGGAGGAGGCGGAGCGCUGGAAGCGCAAGCGGGAGCUGGAGAUCAACAAGCGGCUGGGCCAGCGCGUCUACGCCUGGAAGCGGAUCGAGUACGGCCCGUAUGAGUCCCUGGUCUACGCCAUUGCUCGCGGUGCCCAGGAAUAUGCCGUGAUGAAGCGCGUCCUCACGGAGCUCGCCCAGCGGGAUGAGCAGUUCCGGCCGCGCAGCUUCUUUGACUUCGGUUCUGGGAUCGGCACCGGCAUGUGGGUGGCCAGCGAACUCUGGCGUGACCACAUCUUCGAGUACUACAACGUGGACAGGUCUCGGGAGAUGAACGAGAUCUCUGAGCUCAUUCUGCGCGAUGGCCACGAGAAUAAGCAGAUGGGCCUGCGCAAUGUGUUCUACCGACAGUUCCUGCCCGCCAUCGAAACCAAUUACGAUCUGGUCAUCAUAUCUCACACACUCUUUGAGUUGGUGGACAAGGAGCAGCGAGAGGACGUAUUGCGGAAUUUGUGGCGCAAGUGCGAUGGCUACAUGGUCAUAGUGGAGGAGGGAACGCGUCGGGGCAGCGAGCUGGUGAACGAGGCCAGGCGAUUUUUGUUGGAGCAGGAUCAAGAAGGUCACACGGUGGCACCAUGUCCUCACGAUGUGCCAUGUCCACGCUUUAGAGAUCUGGCUGAUCGCACGCCCUGCAAUUUCCCCGUCUCAUUUGCUCCUCUGCGUUUGGGCAGCGACUCCUUGGCGGACCGCCACACCUCCCUCUACAGCUAUGCCAUCCUGAAGAAGGGUCCCCAAACCGAUAGCUCCAGUUCAUGGCCUCGGAUUGUGCGUCCCACCUUGGUGAGGUCAAAGCAUGCCAUCUGCCGAGUCUGCACGGAGGAGGGCAAUCUCCAAGAGGUUAUCUUCACGAAGUCAAAGCAUGGAAAAUCUGCCUAUUCCUGUGCGAAAGUCAGCCGCUGGGGCGAUCGCUUGCCUAUGUCGCUAGGACAACCUGAGGUCAAUCCCGGCUCCACAGAUUCAUCCACCGCAGAACAACCUGUCUUGGCGUAG